GACAGUACCCGCCCCCUCGGUUAAAACUGAGUGGAAAUUUCCUCUCUCCUCUCACAGUUUGCAGACACUACCGGUUCAUCGCACGAAAGCGGAAACUAAUAGCCAGAAAACAACCUGAAAGACAAUCUUUUGGACUCUUAUUUAUUAAUUUGACUGAAGAACACUUGGAUCUACAUCACUUCAUUUCUACAUCUUCUUAACUUAUCGACACUUAUUUCAAAGUCAUCAUGUCUCAGCAGCAGAUCAGCCUCCCAGCCAAGCUCAUUAAUGGUGGUAUUGCUGGCAUCGUUGGGGUUACUUGUGUCUUCCCCAUUGACUUGGCAAAGACCAGGUUACAGAAUCAGAGACAAGGUCAGCAGGUCUACAAGAGCAUGAUGGACUGCCUUGUCAAGACAGUUCGAUCAGAAGGCUACUUUGGCAUGUACAGAGGUGCUGCUGUAAAUCUGACACUGGUCACCCCUGAGAAGGCCAUCAAGCUGGCUGCUAAUGACUUAUUUCGCCACCACCUUGCCAAGGAUGGAAAGGGGUUGACAGUGUUCAAAGAGAUGCUGGCAGGUUGUGGUGCAGGCAUGUGCCAGGUCAUUGUCACUACCCCCAUGGAAAUGCUCAAGAUCCAGCUACAGGAUGCUGGCAGACUCAUGGCCCAGCAGCAAAAACCAGUCAUGAUGUCUCCCACCAAGCUUGUGGCCACUAACACCAUGCUCAGCCGCUCUUACAACUCUGGCACUGUGGUGUCAGCACCGCGAGCUGUGUCAGCCACACAGAUCGCAAAGGAACUGCUUCAAACCCAGGGAAUCCAGGGGCUCUACAAAGGUCUAGGGGCAACACUAAUGAGGGAUGUUCCCUUUUCUAUUGUCUACUUCCCAUUGUUUGCCAACCUGAACCGCCUGGGGAAACCCAGUCCCGAGGGGUCAUCACCCUUCUAUUGGGCUUUCCUCUCAGGCUGUGCAGCGGGAUCAACUGCUGCAGUGGCUGUCAACCCCUGUGAUGUGGUGAAGACUAGACUGCAGUCACUGAACAAAGGGUCCAGUGAGGAGACUUACAAUGGCGUUGUGGAUUGUGUAAGUAAAAUCAUGCGGAAGGAGGGGCCUUCUGCCUUCCUGAAAGGUGCUGGCUGCCGGGCUCUGGUCAUCGCCCCUCUGUUCGGUAUUGCGCAGGUUAUGUACUUUGUUGGCGUUGGAGAAUACAUCCUUGACAACUCCCCGCUGAGCCUCCUGUCGGCAUGAGACCAUGUCAGUUUGCUGGCUAUGCGUAGGACCUUCUGAGCAUAAAUGAUGAAACAACUGGCAGCUAGAUAUCACCAGUUUACAGCAUAAAAAUUACACGAGGCUUGUUUGACAAAGUAAGGAAAGGCCUCGGGGUGUAAAGACCUAUGAUUUCAUCUUGUGUGUGGUCUGACAGUUGUGUUGCACUGAAACACUUUUAUGACUUAUUCAUCAGGCUGUGGCCAAUGUUUGCUCAGCUGUUAGCCUUACUGUGUUGAGGGACUCAGAGUUGCAGUGUUAUUCUUUCUUUGUCCUGAGACAGUCUUGUUCUGUUUCCCUCUGUGAGGGAGGGGAGCUCACUCCAUCAAAGAGACAGACCUGUUUCUGUGUUUUCUUCCAUGCUAUCACUUUUCAUAUUAUUAUUAUUAUUAUUAUUAUUUUAUAUGUGUGAGCUAGAGUUUUAUUUUGAAUUGCUGAAUGCAAUAGCUUGUAGUACUUUCUGUUUGUAUGUUUUUCUUCCUUUUCCACUGCUGUCUCAUGUUACAGAGCCUUCAAGUACAAGGAACAGGGAAAAAAGGCUUCAAAUGGGAGAGACAUAUGGGCCCAAUUUACACAAUUUAUUGCAAAGGGAUCUUUUAUGUUUUUUUUUUUUACAUAAAUCUUCAAUAACUGUGAGUGUACAUGUUUAAUUUGACUGAUCAUGAACCUUCCUACUGACAUGGGACCAUACGGGUUGCCAAACCAUUACCAGCGUCCUGUUAUAUACUUGAUAUUAACCCUACUGUUGUUUUGUAAUCUAUGAACCGCAGUCUUUGUAUCUUAAUAUCUUGCAAAAACUUGAGAUGCAUUCAUGCACAUUAUAUAUGUUAUGUGUUUGUCACAUAACCGCAGUUAAGAGAUUCACUUAUGCAAUACAAUUUCUCCCAAAAGAUCAUUUUUGGUCUAUGCCUUAACACAGAUGACUGGCAUUUCUCUCUCUGAAGAAAACAAUGCUCUUGACCAGAAAAAGCAUUAUUACUGUUACUGUGAUCAUGUGAAAAAUGACUGUAACUAUACUUGAUGUGUUUGUGAUGGCUUUUUGUACAUACUGCAUGUGUGUGUGUAUAUAUAUAUAUAUAUAUAUAUAUAUUACCAAAAAAACUUCAAUUCA